AUAAGCAGUGCGUCUGUCGAACUUAUCAGUGCUUUUAGAGCUCUCGCCCCAUCAAGUGGUGUCAGUUCCGCUGCGCUUACGGAAGAUUGGACUUGUGUCUCAAUACUUUGCGCUAGAUCGUGAUUUAUCGGAUCUUAAAUCUUUGAUUCUACGAUAUCUUGACUUUUUUGUUUGAAGUGACUUUGCAACUGUUUGGUGUUUGACUUUGAGACUUUAUGCAUUUUUGAACAGAAAACGAACUUUGAAAUUUGGCUAUAUCCUCAUAAUCAUUUUCAAGAUGUUCAAUGGUGAUGAACGCUCGUAUCCUAGUCCAUCGAAUGAAGUGACCGAAUCUGAUAGGCCUAUAACUUCGGCCACACCAGUUGAAACCAACCCCAUCAACGAAAAUAUUGAAAACAUCAACGGAAAUUCAGAGACGAAUGAAAUCGAUAUCGUGGACCAAGUAAGCUCUCCGGAUAUCCCUGAAGAAUUAAGAAUAGUUGGUUUUGGAGUAAGUUACAACAAUCCCAUUGCACCUCAUUUGGUUCUAACACUGUUGAAUCCAUCCAGUAUGAUGGAGCAACUACUACAUGUGCAAUUGUCUUCACCUGGCAAUAUUCGAGUGUACGACACCACCAGAGCGAAUCCGAUUCCAAUAAAUGGCUCCCGUCAAAAUUUGUUCGAGAUCGAUGGGUUUUUAGAAGAUCCUCGACCCGCAGAGCCAGAAAGCUCUGAGCAGGAUUCUUCGGAAGCUUCAUCGGUAGCUGCUGAUGAAGAAAAUGCCGAAAAUCAGGAGAGCACAGCUGAAGCUACAGACGACCUCGAAGAAUUUGGUGACGCUGAAGCGUACGUAUUGCAAGUCGACGCCCCUCGUGAAGAUUUCGAUCUGGAUGCAGGAGAUGGACUGGAGUUGGAGCAACCAGUGGCGGUGGUGCACCCAAUGAUGGUGCUGCAGCAUGGUGAUCCAGCAGUCAACAACACUCACCAACUCUAUCGGGAACGCAACGAGAUUGAUUCCAGUGGUGAUCCAACGUGCUGUAUUUUCUCUUUGGUCUUGCUGAUGCUCCUGCUGAUGUACCUGCUGUACACUUUCUAAGCACCAACCAUCUUUAAAUUGUUUUCAAGAGGCACAUUUCACAAUGGUGGCAGUGGCAGUGUCCUGCUCAAAGGUGACGGACAUCAAGAAGGAGGUUACUACAUGGCGUCGCUUAACUUACUUCUCAAAGACUUUAAUAGUUUUUCCAUGUUUUAUGAGUUAUCUUACUUGAAACUUAAUGUAAUGAAAAUAGUUCAUACUUUAGAACUGGUAGUUUUGAAUUAAUUUCGCCUCAGUGAAUAGAUUUCGAGAAUUAUCAUAUUUGUGAAAAUCAAAUAAAAAUAUUGAUGCAUGAGUCAAUUAUUCAUGA